GUCGAUCCUUGGAAGCGCGAUGAGUCUAUCAGUCUUUGCGCAGUGCUCAGCGAAGCCCGUCAUCAUGCAUUUCCGCUGCGGCUGGGCUGGAUGGCGGUUGCGUACCAUCUUCAACCGCGUCCAGAUCGGAUCCGAACGUCUUCGGCGAGCGCGCCUGGCGGAGCUCAUCUUGCAGCUAGCCGCGCAGCGGCGCGUCGCAGGCUCGCUGCUCCGCGCUGUGGUGAGCGGCUGGGUUUUCAUCCUCUUGUUCCGCGGGCCCCUCCCAUGCCUCCUCUGGCACGUCCUCCGGCGCCUUCCCGACCCCGGUCGCGAUUUGGAGGUGUUCGAGUUGCCGGCCAGCGCGCGACAGGAGCUCGUGCUGUUGGCGGCGCUCUGCCUUUCGAUGACUUCGAACAUCAGGGCUCAUCCUAGCGACGUGCUCGUGGCCGCUGACGCCCCGGAGAGCGCCCUGGGCGCCGUCGCAGCGCCCAUCAGCCGCGCGCUGCGCCGCGAGCUCUGGCGUCUGCGCGACCGCCGUGCGUGGCCGGCGCAUUUGGUCGGUCAGCAUGGCGAGUGGCUAUUCGCACGAGGCCUGGAUCGCGAUCGCGGCGGCUUUGGCGAGGCUCUGCGCGCCGAGCAGCAGCGCGCGCAGGAAGUGGACCCGCAACGUGUCCUGGUCGACCGUCAGUGCGGCGCGGUUGCGAAGUCAGGAAGCGAGUUGCUCAUGAUCAUCCUGACCGUGCUGCUGGCGAUCCGGAUACCCGCAUUGGCCUCGUGGGCGCUGAGUUUUCUCGUCGCCGCUUGGCGAGCGUGCGCGGGUUUCCACAAGCGCGACAGACGCCCCGGAGCAGGGCCCUCCACGGCGGCAUAUCCCGCGGCAUUCUGCCGCGACUGGGCUUCUCUCGUCGCCGACUUGAAAGGCGAGGCGCGCGGCAGGAUGCAGGAGGCACAGGGCGACGAUGCCAUCGCGAGCUCCGGGAGUAGUCCUGGCGCCAGUGGCGCCUCGAAAUCUCUGCUGAUCAACGAGAUCGCUGUUGCCGACUCGUGGAUUCUGGAUGGGGUGCGCGCCGGACUCGAGCAGACAGCACAUCGACAUGCGAGAGGUGCGAGCCUAUGCCCAAUGCCUGGGGCGGCAAGUCGCUGCCAGGACAGGUUGCCGGCAGGUGUACCUGCUGGAUUCAUUGGUCGGCCUCGGGGCCCUGGCCAUAAGUCGCCCUCCCAGGAAGCCGGUCCAAUGUGGGGCUUCGACGGGCUGUGCCAUUGCCUGGUGGCCAUUACCCGGUGGCCACUACCCGGUGGCCACUGCGUCCCCACUCGCCUGAACGCAGCCGACGAUCCGACCCGGAACCGCGAGGCGCGGCAGGCGGGAAUCCGCGGGGGGUGGCCUGCCCUGGAGAUCGAGGCCGACUACGACUUCUUCGACUCCGUCGCCGCGCUGCACCUGCAGCGCCGCGCUGUGUCAGACCGGGCCCGCCUCCUCUUCCUUGCGACUCGGCGGCAGCCCCGGAGGCCGUGGCCAUUGGCAGGGCGCAUCUUCGACGGCGCGCUGGGCUACCCAUGCCGCGACAUCGCGCGGCUGCUUGCCAGAUGCGGGCAAUAUCUUUACGACGUAGGUGGCCCCGUCGGGGACUUCGCCGAGACCGUGAACGCCGUGGUGGACUUGGACCGGUCGCUCCGGCGCCAGUUGCAGGCAGCGUGGGACGUGGUGGACGCGUGGCAGCUCCUGGCCUUGGCCCCCGCUGACGUGCUGUUGCGCAGCGCCCUGAUCUCCAACAGAGCUCGGGCGUAUGUCAGAAUCAACCUGCCGAAGACGCGACGCCUGGCUGCCCGCCGUCAGCGCGCGCGGUUUGACGAGCCGGUGUUGCUCGACUUGCUCGUGGCGUGGUUGCCGCGCACUCCCGAGCGGCAGCGGCCGCGGGCCGACAGUGCCUUCCAGCGCCGACGGGCUCUAGUGUCUCAGUUGGGCGUUCCCGCCAGCAACGGCGGGAUCACGCCUGCCAGCCAUCGGGCCGGAGGUGCUACUUUUUUCUUCGAGUCCAACGACAACCUCGCCCAGACACGGCGGCGCGGCAAAUGGACCUCAGCCAGGGCGCUCGAG